GCUUUCCAUACACAACAAUCCCUGUACAGCCCGUGAAGCUUACGGACACUUUUCUGUGUGGGAUUAAGGUUGCGAACGCUCUUGCAAGCUGCCCCAGCCUGGGAGGGACGCGGGACCCCUCGGUACCACAUUUCAAACCGGGAAAGGGUGUAAGGGUAUUUGAACACUAAGUGAUCUCCUGGGUGGAGAUGUCUGGCAGCAUCCUGGCUGAGUGAAAUUGUCAGCGAAGUGGGUUGGUCUCGAUGGCUCAGUGGGAAGCCCACGGCGCACGCACGCGCGCGCUGCGACGAUGAACGUGGUCCGUGCAGGCAGGUUUUACAGUGACGCACAUCUCCGACAAACAGUCGAGGAGCUGCAGUCGGAAGUUCAAAUAGCUGCAGUAGCUGAUGGGGAGUUUACUGCUAACGGAUUAAACAGGUACAGGGGACACAUCUUGCGCAUGUCCUUUGUCCUUGUCUUUACCUGAGACACUUCAUAAACUUUAAAAAAUUGGACCUAAUGCUUAGCGUGCCGGUCACGUGACCCACUACAUAGAUCACAUGACGACGGCACAGUGGAUGACACACAGACCACUGGAGGACUCCUAGUGCAUUCUCAUCCAGUCUGCGACAAAGCCAAGGUGAAAGGGUAUAGGUUAGGGGCUGGACUUGGAGCGUUUCCUGGACAGGAUGCCUGCGCGAAGUGGCUGGAGAAACUGCAAAAACAAGAUCGGGAAAUACAAGAAGAAAAUAACCGCUGUGGUGUCCGCCAUCUUGAUCGCCGUGGCAGUUUUCUUCCCCUUGAAGCACUUCAACGAGGAAUACAUGAAGCAAGCUCUUAAUGUUGGGACUACGUCGUCUGCGAUCGCAUCUCAGCUGAUAUACCGUCUUCCAUCUGCCCUACGACCUUUGCACUAUGACCUCGAGCUUAUCCCUGACAUCUACCAGGCCAACAGCUCGAACUUCAGCUUCCAGGGCACUGUCAAAAUAGAAUUCAUAUGUAUAAACCACACAUCUGAGGUCAUCUUACAUGCUGUGGACCUGACUAUUGAGGAGCUUGACGUUCAGCUUAGGUCAUGGGAUCCACAGGACGAUCCCAACAUCAUUAUAAAGUCCUUUCAGAUUAGUAAGGAGCGCGAAACUCUUGAACUCCACUUGCUGCGACCUCUACAGGAGAAAUAUCGCUACUUACUCACAGUUACCUUCCGGGGACGAAUCACAGACCUCUUCCGGUCCAUGUAUUUUUCAAGCUACCAAGAGAAUAACCAGACCAAGUAUUUUGUCUCCACGAUUUUCGUCCCUAACCACGCGAGGCUGGCUUUUCCUUGCUUUGACGAACCUGCUUUCAAGGCGAGAUUCACACUGACCAUCCUCAGGAAAGAGAACUUCAUUUCCAUCUCAAACAUGCCGCGGAAUGGCACGCAUGAAAGAAUUAUCGACGGGGACGUUUGGUUUGUCGACCAUUUCCUGACAACACCGCUGAUGUCCACUUACUUGCUUACUUUCACGGUGUGUCAAUUCAACUACAAAGAGGUUAACUCCAGCAGGGGCUACAAACUGAGGGCGUGGUCGCGGGCCGACAGUAUCCUGGAAACGGAGCACGCGCUGGACAUGGCGGAGCUAGUGAUGGACUAUUACAACGACUACUUCACUCUGGCCUUCCCUCUCCCAGAACAAGAACUGAUAGCACUACCGGGAUUCCAGUAUGCCGGCAUGGAGCACUGGGGUCUCGUGUCUUACAGCGAGAACUCUAUGCUGCUUUCGGAAGAAAUGGCGAGCAUUAACGACAAGGAAGCGGUGACAAGAGUUAUCGCCCAUGAGACAGCGCACAUGUGGUUCGGGGACCUGCUGACUAUGGCAUGGUGGGAUGACACUUGGCUUAAUGAAGGUUUCGCUACCUUUGUGGAAUACCUGGGGACCGACUACGCUUCGCCGCAGUGGAAAAUGAUGGACCAGUUCCUUGUCAAGACAUUCCGCCAGGCGAUGCUACAAGACUCUACAGAGACAUCCGUGCCACUACACAGGAAGGUCGAUAGUAAACAAGACAUCCUGUCCGCCUACAACAGCAUCAUCUACGUGAAGGGAGCCAGCAUUAUACGCAUGGUGAAAUUUUUCCUGGGAGAUGAAACAUUUAAGAGAGGCAUAAAGAAAUACUUACAUGCGUUUCAAUACAGUACAGCGACACAGAAGGAUCUGUGGGAAACCCUGAUGACGGAGGCAGAAAAAGACGGGAUCCACUUGAACUUAUCAGACAUCAUGGAAAGCUGGACGGUGCAAAACAAUUACCCAGUUGUCAUGGUGACCCGACUCCGAGCGGGAGAGAUCAGCGUUUCCCAGCAACGCUACUUACUGGAACCGAAGGAAAACAGCAGCAGAUCUCACGCGUGGGACAUUCCUUUCACCUUUGUGACUAGCACCAGUCCUCACGCAACGGCCGAUCCAUCCCCUAGUGACGUCAUCUGGCUUAGGCGUCAGGUAUUGGAAGAACACAUCGUGAGGGAGACCAUUGCAGCUCCAGAUGACGAGGAGCAGUGGAUUCUGGGUAAUGUCGGAUGUUACGGCUUCUACCGAGUGAACUACGACGACAUCGGCUGGAGGGCGCUCAUCUCGCAACUCAACAAAGAUAACCAGAAAAUACCAACCGCCAACCGAGUACAGAUAAUUUCGGACUCGUGGAACCUUGCCAAGGCUGGUCUGCUGAAUUACUCCACUGCACUUUGCACUCUGGAAUACCUGCACAACGAAACCAGUUACCUGCCAUGGGAAGCAGCUGUUUCAGAGCUUGAAGACCUCCUUAAAAUGCUCUCACCUGAUGACAAAGCGUUUAACUUGCUGACGGGGUUUAUGCAAAAUAAAACAAGGAGUGGUUUCUUGCAGUUCUCUCCUCGUUCUGGGCUCGUCGAAGACCUGGACAAGAGAACACCAACGCUAGUAGCGAAGACCGCCUGCUUGUUCGACCUACCUUCGUGCGUUUCCAUGGCGACGGAAGAGUUCUACAAGUGGAUGGAGGCACCACACAAUACAACAGCGGAAAUGCGUCAGGUGUUCCAGUGCACGGCGAUAGCGCACGGGACCGAGAAAGAAUGGAACUUUGUCUUUUCGCGAUUCAGUCAAGAAAGAAUCGUCAGACAACGAGAACAACUGCUGUCGGCCCUCGCCUGCUCCAGGAACACAACGAUGCUCAAAGCACUGAGCAAAUGGGCAUUAAAUCUGGAAAAAUUCCAAGAACAGGAAACUAUAGAUAUUCUCCUUUUAUUAUCUUCCACUCACUACGGAUCCGAUAUUGUCUGGAAGCUGAUGAAAGAUAACUUCUCAAACAUAAUGAGCAGGUUUUCCCACACAGCGUUUGUCAUUAAAGGGUUAAUCAGCAAAGUGACAGAAACAUUUCGCACAUAUUCUCAGCUUCAUGAGCUGCGCACGUUUUCUGCUCAGCAUCCGGAAGUUGCGGAUGAAGUUGGAGAAGCGAUCGAAAGGACUCACGCGAACAUACAAUGGAUGACGACAAACUUAGCGAUCAUCGAAGACUGGCUAAUCGAGAAAACCACUGGAUAGAACUGUGACCAAAUCUCUCAGGGUCUUCUGCUGAAAAUCCCUUUUCUACCCCACCAGCGCACCCGUGACGCAAGGCAUGUCGGGGGAAAGAAAAGCCAGCAGGUCACCGACUGCGGAGGCGACGACCAACCACCAGACAGCAUCCAUCGUCCUCUACACAGCAUCCUCUGCUGCCGAUGAUUUAACAGAAAUAUAAAAAGCGAUGAUCAGCGAUGCAGUCUACAAAUUCCCUACAAUCCAUCUUGAAGACGAGGAUCUGGCUCCUCUGGCUUUUUGCAGCCGCGAUCACUCUUUCUAUCGCUGUGCCUUUCCAUGUUGUACACUUUGUACCUCAGACUGACCUGCUUAGACCUGCAUGGAACUCUGUAAAAAUGACUCAGGACUCAACAGAUAUUGUUCUCUGUUAACAGUUCCACGUAUACAUUUUCGUACCUCCGAACAUAAGGUUAUCCAUUGUCAUUUCAAAAUGAUGGGAUUCACGAUAAAAGGAGCAACGAUUUCACGAAGAAUUUCCACAUCAUGUGACCUUUAUUGAUGUUCGUCUUACCCAGUUAUCGUCGAUAAACUGAAAACAUUAAAGUCAAGGUGCAACUACCGAAGAUCAAAUACAGAAAGACAAGACAGAAUUGUGAAAUACAUUAUCAUAUUAAGUUAUUCUAGGUAUGACUUACCUAAGGGCGAGAAACCAUUGUAAAAAGAAAACAGAAGCAAAAGAACGAAGAAACAAAAGCGCUCUCAUAGAAAUCAUGUUCUGGUCGUUUCAGACGUUUUCAUAUAAUUUUUGUAACUUUUAUUAUUAGAAACUUACUAUAAGCAUUCUCAACAAAGUUCUCCAUGUGUUGAUACUGUUAAGGAAUAAAGAUAUUAAGACAGCA